GUGGGCGGGCGCGCGCCCUAGGGACCUAUUUCUUCGCAGGCACCGGAAGUGGCCGCGGCUCGUUCGGCGGCAGGCGGGGCGGGCUGUGAGGGGUGGGCGCGCGCCCGAGGCGGCCUAGUUCCCUGCGCGCCGGAAGUGGCCGCUGCUGGCUCGGGGGCGCGCCCCGGGCCGGAUUGUGAGGUGGAGGCUGGUCGCUGACUGGUUUCACUCAGCUCUUCUGGGAGCAUUUAGAGUUGGUUCUGUGAUUAUCCCCAUCGGACAGAUUCGAAAAGUAAAACUGAUGGAGAUGGUGGUAAGGAGCUGCAGAGUGGUGGAGUAGAACAGCCAGCAAGCCACGCCCAGGAAGUGUGAGCUGUUUAGGCCGUUUCGCAGAGAGGUCUCCACUGGGGCUGCAGUCCCAGCUGAGCCUGUCCAUCGGGUGCCUUCAUUCUGGACAUCAUGGUACCUCAGCGGCAAGUGUGGGAUUUCUCAUUUUUGCUAGUAGUCUUGGCCGCUGAAGAAGAACUUUUUUAAGCUACAGCAGGAAUCAUUUUGGUACCUUUAUGGCAACCUUGGUUUUUGUGCUUAAUUGUCAAUAGCUCAGUGCUGAAGUUAUGAGCCUGCGAAGAACUUUGCUCAUCAGGCAAGUCCAUGUGGCUAAGAAUGCCUAGAAGAGCGCUGAUGCUUCAGCCUCGGACCCACUGGCUGGUCCUGGGCCUGGCUGUGCUCUGCAGCCUGGUGGUGUUCCUCUACCUGCUGGAGUGUGCCCCCCAGACCGAUGGCAACGCGUCUCUUCCUGGUGUCAUUGGGGAGAACUAUGGUAAGGAGUAUUACCAGGCCCUGCUGCAGGAACAAGAAGAGCAUUACCAGAGCCGGGCAGCCAGUCUGAAACGCCAGAUCGCCCAGCUAAAGCAGGAACUGCAGGAAAUGAGUGAGAAGAUGAGGUCACUGCAGGAGAGGAGGAGCGUGGGGGCCAAUGGCGUGAGCUACCAAGGCCACAGAGAGCAAGCACCCGGUGACCUUCUGGAGUUUCUCCAUUCCCAGAUUGACAAAGCAGAAGUGAGCGUGGGAGCCAGACUACCUAGUGAGUAUGGUGUCGUUCCCUUUGAGAGCUUCACUCUGAUGAAGGUGUACCAGCUGGAGAUGGGCCUCACUCGUCACCCAGAGGAGAAGCCAGUCCGAAAGGACAAGCGGGAUGAAUUGGUGGAAGUUAUCGAAGCCGGCCUGGAGGUGAUUAACAAUCCUGACGAAGACGAUCAACAGGACGGGGACGACGGCCCCCUGGACGAGAAAGUCACGUUUAAUGAGAACGAGUUCAUAGAAGGUUAUUACCGCACCGAAAGAGAUAAGGGCACACAGUAUGAACUGUUUUUUAAGAAAGCAGACCUUAUGGAAUAUAGACACGUGACCCUCUUCCGCCCUUUCGGACCUCUCAUGAAAGUAAAGAGUGAGAUGAUUGAUAUCACCAGAUCAGUCAUUAAUAUCAUUGUGCCACUCGCUGAAAGAACCGAAACGUUUGCACAGUUCAUGCAGAACUUCAGGGAUGUAUGUAUUCAUCAGGACAAGAGAAUCCACCUCACAGUGGUAUACUUUGGUAAAGAAGGAUUAUCAGAGGUCAAGUCUAUCCUAGAAUCCAUCACAAGUGAGUCUAAUUUUCACAAUUAUACCUUGGUCUCAUUGAAUGAAGAAUUUAAUCGCGGACGAGGACUAAAUGUGGGUGCUCGAGCUUGGGACAAGGGAGAGGUCUUGAUGUUUUUCUGUGAUGUUGAUAUCUAUUUCUCCGCUGAAUUCCUUAACAGCUGUCGGCUAAAUGCUGAACCAGGUAAGAAGGUGUUUUACCCCGUGGUAUUCAGCCUUUACAACCCCGCCAUCGUCUACGCCAGUCAAGACGGGCCUCCUCCUGUGGAGCAGCAGCUGGUUCACAAGAAGGAUUCUGGAUUCUGGCGCGAUUUUGGCUUUGGAAUGACUUGUCAGUAUCGAUCAGACUUCCUGGCCAUUGGUGAGUUUGACAUGGAAGUAAAAGGUUGGGGUGGAGAAGAUGUCCACCUUUACCGGAAAUACUUACACAGUGACCUGAUGGUAAUCCGGACUCCAGUUCCUGGCCUUUUCCACCUGUGGCACGAGAAGCACUGUGCUGACCAGCUGGCCCCUGAGCAGUACCGCAUGUGCAUCCAGUCCAAAGCCAUGAACGAGGCCUCGCACGCACACCUGGGGAUGCUGGUGUUCCGGGAGGAGAUCGAGACUCACCUCCACAAACAGGCCUACAGGACAGACAGUGACGCCGCCGGCUAGCAUGGCCAGCGCAGCCGUCUGAGCCGCAGGCCGCCAUCACUUACUCAGCCUUAACCCCUCCCAGAUGUAACACCUCGUCCAGAAAAGAUGCGCGACCCUUUGUGCCCUCCCAAGUGUUCCGUUAGCAGCUUAACCUAGUAUUUCAGCGCAGAGCCUCAGUGAGACUAGUCACUGACAAACUGAAGUCUGGUGUCCACCCCCAAUGUGUUUGGGGUCAGUCUGUACUUGGCCCCCGUAUUCUGAUGUAUCUUGGGUACAGGUAGGCUGACAUGGCAGAGGUCAAGAGCAUCUUGUUCUGAAGGGAGGAGCAGAGUGACAGGAAGUGUGUGCACGAGGACUCUUCACCUGUGAACCACUGAGUCAGCCUACGCAGUUCACAGAAGGCGACCUUUGGUCCACUCCCUGGGGAGUCUUCUCCUAAGUAAAGAGACGCAUUGGGAAUCCCUGACCCAGCGAGAGAAGGCAGGUAUAAAAGCAUCUUCACUUACUGUUGCUCAGCCCUGAGUGCUUUUAAAUGAGUGGAAAGUAGUGGGAUCCGAAAUGCACAAUGCUCACUCAAUCCAGGGUCCAUGGGAUAGAUACAUUGUUGUGAUAUGAGAGGAGGGUGGGAGUGCCUUCAGCAGGACCUUGGGUGUGUAGAGGACAGGACAGGACAGGACAGACAGGACAGCACAGACAGGACAGACAGGACAGGAUGGCAUCAGCAGUAGCAGUUCACUGGGGCCAGGGCUCCACCGGGCAUCUCCUCACAGCUCAGAGCAGACGAGUAUGGCUUGGGGCUGUGUGUGCUCUCGGCUUUGCACUUAGUAUGGAUUCAGGGUCUUCUUUGCCCUGUUGUAAAUGUUCAUGUAGACCGCAUUCGUGUCUGUAUUUGCUGUAUUACUGUGCUCUGAGUCAAGAGGGAACUCACUGAGGAAACAGCUCAAUGAGAUGUCUACCAUCAUCUCACUGACUGCAGAUAAGGAAGCAAGGGAUGUGGGCUGAAUCAAAAUAUGAAUCAAAGAAUGUUCUAGAUAAAUAUAUUACUUGAAAUAGAACGCUGUUUUGAGAUGUGAAUUAGUGAGGCAGGAUAUAUAAUAAAUUCUAUUCAGGUAAGAUUACUAGGGUCACUUAGCCCAUGUGACUCUCAGUCAUGCAGAGUCCAUUGCCAGAGUGUGGUGAGAGACACGCACAGACUUCUGAACUGUUGGCUUUCUGAAGGGACAUAUUGCAGUCUAUGCAUUUCAGGGGGGAGAUCACUACUCUUCUGAAACGACAUAAAUUCCAGAUUUCUUGGUGCUACAAGUUCAAUUUUACAAUGAAUUACAUUCUACACAUCCUAAGCUGCAAUAGCGUGUAGGCUUAUUUUUACAAUGUGUUAAAUGUUUUCUGCAGUUAUUCAGUCCACUCUCUCUUUCAUACACAAUUAUUUAUUACGAAGAUCGGUGCAUUAUGGUAUUUAAAGUGAGAGAAGCUGAUGUUUUAAAAGGUAGGUUGCAGCUUGUUUUUUGACAGAAUAAAUCAAUAUAUCUUUUUUUUUU